UAAUACGCAAACAGUGUCGGGAUUUGAAACGAUUGUGGGAUUAUCAACAAAGAAUUUGUGUAUUUCACUUUUAAUAUACAUGUAUAUGUUGUUAUGACGUAAUUGUGCUGUCACAUUACAGGUGUAAUUUACCCAAAACGAGGCAUGCAAUACACAGCAUGGGGGAAGGAGUUUAAUUAGAAGGUACCCGGUCAUUUGGAAAACGUAAUACACAGUGAAAAUGUUAGUGUAUCGGACAUAAGUAGUGACAGUUUGUUUACAUAAAAUGGCUUCGAGUUCGGUCAGUCAGGAAAGUCUGGACACAGUCGACUAUGAACAGAGUGCUCGAAAAAGUAAAAUCCGGUCUCUGCGGGCGAAAGGUGUCCUUCCACGAAGCAGUGAAAGAGAAGCUGAUCCAAACGAUAAGGAGAAUGGAGAUGAAGGUUUCAGUGGGGAACAUGAAUCUCCCUCUCGUGGUGGGGUGGGUCGGGCAAAAGACAAAAGGACAAGACCCAGUCAUUUGAAAGGAAAGAUGGGUCUAAAAGACAAAAGGAAAUUACGUGAAAAGAGAAGAAGUACAGGUGUUGUACACCUCCAAUCAACAGAGAGCACAGAUGAUACAUUAGACGAUGAGGAUAUAGUGGAAGAGGGAACGGAACUGAAAACUGUAUCAGAAACAAAGAAAAAUACUUCAUAUAAUGAGGCUUUCUCUGUUGAGGGAAGACGACACAGGACCAAUGAUGUGGCUCGUAAGGCAGCAUUGUACAAUGAAAGAGUAGAUGAUAAUCAGCCUCAAUCUCCUUCUGAUAGAUUUGGUGGCAGAAGUGCAUAUAAUGCGGUCAGAAAUAAGAGUCCUUCUGAUCUUGAGGCAGAUUUAGAGGAUAACCAGGACUAUGACAGUACAGUCAGUCAUUCAGAAACCAACUUAUCUGUCAUUGGAAAAUCUGAAUCAACUGAUUCUAACACCUAUAGUCCAAAAACCUCUCGGCCUCCAAAUUCUGUAUAUUCUAGGAUUUCCCCCUCUGAUCCCACCUUGUCUACGUAUAAACCAAGUUCACCAAGAAACAAUCUUCUAUGGGAGUCACCACGCACAAAUAAACAAUCCUCUCCUUCAAGUGAUCAUGACACUAAAACAACUCAUACUGUGUUAAAUCGAUUCCCUUUUGCGGCUAAUCAAAACCAGAACAAAGAUUCUGACCAAUCAAAUAAACCAAAAUCAUUUCCCUCGGUGCUUUCACGAUUUCCACAGUCAAAUCAUGACCAAGAGAACAAGUCACAGUCAAAUAUAGAAAAAGACAGUCAAAAACAGUCAUAUCAUGAUUCCAGUCAGUUUAGAUCCACUUAUCGUGACCUUGAUAGCAAAUCAAGGACACAUGAUGUGGAGACUAAAACUAAAUCUCCACCUUCAUAUCGUAGUAACCAUGGUAACACAGAAAACCAAACAGGAUCUCAUCACCGUGAAAAGUUCAUGGAGAAUUUGAACAGUUCUAAUCAACGACGAUAUCCUCGACAUAAUUUGGAGGACUCUUCUUCAAAAUUGGACGAGGAAAGAGCAAAGUUCAAAGAGGAAAAGACUAAGUUAGAAAAGAAACUUGAUGAAGAGAGAGAAGAAAACAGACAGUUGAAAUCUAUGUUAGAAACCAGAGAUCAGAAAAUAGUGGAGUUAGAACGAGAAAUUUAUUGUCUGAACAAGGAUCUUGAGGACUUAGACGAGGACUAUCAGAAACUACAAGUAGAGAACCAUGCAUUGAUUAGAACAGUAUCACAGCUUAGUACCAGAGUUUGAUACAAGUUGAGGGACCAGUAGAUAUAUACCAGUUGAGGGACCAGUAGAUAUAUACCAGUUCACAGAACAAAUUCUUUUUAUUCACAUUUAUUAUGAAUCAUUUUUGGUUAUCUAUUUAAAGAUAUUUGCUUUUAAUGAAUAGUUAUACAUGUAUCAUGUAUAUGAUAAUGUAAAUCAUGUUACCAAACUGUUUCAAAAACAGCUCCUAAGCCUCAGUCAAAUAAUUAAAAUAUUUUAAGCAUGAGCAAAAUAGCUCCAUUGUUUAAUGUACUGAAAGUUUUAUCUACUUCCAUGAAGAGAUGGAAGAUAGAUUAUCAAGCUUUUUUCAAAUAUUAUAACCAAAAUAAUCGAUUCAAUUUUGAAUGACAUCUCUUGCAACCCUUUUAAUCUCUAUCAUGAAUCUCCAUUUUGUAUUUUUAUUGAUGUUUUUAAAAUAUUGGUUGAUAUUUUAUGGCAGUAGCUUACAAAUGCAUUUUUAAGGUAAUUUUAGAUGAAGUUGAGGUCCAAUCAACUUGAAAUUUAUACGAUGUUCCCAAUGAUAAGAUCUUUCUAAUUUUAAUGCCAAAUUAGAAAUUUGAUCCUAUUAUCAUGGUCCACUGAACAUAGAAAAUGAUAGUGCGAAUGGGGCACCAGUGUACUUGUCUAUUUAUCAUUUUGUUUUUGUAUAAUCUGUAAAAAGAAAUUGAUCUUAAAACUUUUGAAAAUAAAAUUUAUUGCUUUUUGAAAGUUUCUUGCGAGCCAGUUCAUUUUGUUUUUGCUUUUAUAAAAUGAUAUUAGGAUUCAUCAAUAUUUUUUAAUACAUUGUCAUUAAAACCAAGGACUUAAAUAUAUAUACAUCCCUGUUAAAACCUAAAAAAAAGUACGUCUUUUUUUAUUAAUCAAAAUUUGAGUGAAGGAGCAGUAUGAAUUUAGUUGUUUGUGUAGUCAGAAGAUAUUUUUGUACACACUGACUGAACCCUUAUAUUGUAAUCUUGGACUAGUCACCACAACUGUCUCUUAUACUGUCAGAAUAAAGCCUAUUCUGAUGAUAUUAAACUUUCUCAUAUUAUAAAAUAUUUUUACUGUUGUUUGUAUUUUAAGGGUCCAUUUGAUAGAUAUAUUUGUUAAAACGUAGAAAUGGAAAAUGCAUUUAACCUUUUUUUAUUUAUUUUAAAACAGUCAUAUUUUCAUUUUAUUGUAAACCAAUCAGGUGGUUCUUUACACAUUCCAAAAAUAUAGAUAUUAAAAUACUUAUGGAUUCAUUUAUCAAUUUUGUGGAUUUGAGGGGUAAUAGGGGAAACUGUAAAUUAAAAUACUCAACAAAAUAUAAAUAUUCAUAUACUUUAUUGGAAAAUGAUUUUACCCUUUAUUGAAAACCUUCCUAAACACAAACUUUUAUACCAUCAAAAAAUAAAUGAAUACACAGUGAUAAUUGUUUAGGUUUGUUCAUUGGAUCCAUAAAUAUUCAUAAUACUGGUCAUUUGACAAACAUGUCUUCCAACAGUCGGCAUUGGCACAAUACAGCUUAUUGAUCGCAUUUAUCAUAUUUGAUAAUGAUAGAGUCCAUACAAAAGUAUUUCACCUUUUAAUCAGAAUAUGAUAUUUAAGAGGAAGCUCAAUAAACACCUGUAGAAUGGAACGUUUUAUAGAGGAAGCUCUGUAACAUUCACUUUGUGGAUUACACAGGCAUUAAAUAUUUUAGUAUUUAGAAAAUGUUUGUUUAUAUUUAUCUGCACAUGUCUUACAAAUAAAAUGUCAUCUUUCCUUAGGUCUAUCUACAAAAAAGUUAUAAAAAUCAGCAUAUUCAUUUAUGUUGUUGGCAUUUAAAAAUACCUAAAACAUUUUCCCACAAAUUCAGAGCAUUAUUUUUGUUUGUUUUCAUUCUUAUUUGUAGUUUAUUGUAGAUUGUUUUCAUUAUUUGGCUUUAAGCCUUAGAUACCAUUACAUAUCAAGGGGACAUUACUACACCUGUAGGGUUAUUAGCUCUAGAACUGCCUGUAGAGUGUCUGCUACCUAGUAGCUUUCAGGGUUUAUAAUCUGCUCAUCAGACGCUUAGCAAUUUUUCAUUUAAUAGCAGUAGGAACUAGAUAUUUAAUCAGUGUUUCAUAUUUUUGUUUACUUUGAUUUUACGUAUAAAAUUUGUUCCAAAUUGAGUGCUAUUUUGUUUUGUUUGCUUGUUUAAUUAACCUUCUUAGUAUUAAAUAGUAUUUUAUGUUGUAUCUUUUUGUGAAACUGGGAGAAUGAAUCAAUAAUGCUUAUUUUUGAACUGCUUUUUAACAAAAUAUGGAAGUAUUUAAUACCUGUUUACUUGUAUGAUUGCACUUGAGUUUUUUCUUAAAUAUGUUUACAUGGUAGGACCAUUUCAAGAAUGAUAUAUAAAAAGUAUAAAAUAUCUACCUGUUGAUGAAACAAUGGAGAGAAGUUCCAAAUUAUGUUCACAGAUUUAAGUUCAAAUACAAAUUUUAAAUUUUCAAAAGAAAAAGUUUUGGUGUUAAUCUGAGAUUUUAAUUAAAGAUGUUACAAAUUAAUGUAAGAAACCUGAACUUGUCUAAUUCUGAUUGGAUUUAUCAUUUGGCUUUUUGAGUGUCAUUAUGCUGUGAAAGUCCUUUUCUGUAAACUUUUUUUUUAUUUGUGUUGUAAUUUCUUUGAAAAAUCCUACACAUUGUUUUUCAUAGCUUGCACAAAAUUUCAAGGAAUAACAAAAGUAAUUAGCUUUUGACAAAUAAUAAAACCUCCACAGUUAAGUGUAAGCCAAAAUUUUAGAUGAUAUUUUUUAAUCUAAAAUGUCCAUUUAACCAGGAAAUCAAAAACACAAGUACUGUAAAUUCAGAAAUUAUUUUGUGCAUUUAUUGUUGUGUUUUUUACAUUUUGACUUAAUGCAAUUUUAAUUUUAUGAUGAUUUUGAAAAAAAUCCUAUUUAAAUCAUAUAGAAUAGUUUAAAUUUUUGCGUUUACAACUCUGUCGCAUUUUUCACAAUAAUAAAAAUCUCACAAUAAUUUCUGAAUUUACAGUAUUAUGUGUUCUUGAAUGAUGCAAUCUAUAUUAAUUAUUAUUGUUUAUAUGUUAAGUUUGCAUGUUUCUGUAGAACAUUAGAUAUACAGAUAUACCUGAUGUACAAGCACUGUGAUUUUAAUAGUUGUGAUAAUCUGUAAGACGUCUUAUAUCAAAUCAAACUCACUUUAUAUCUACUUAUUAUAACAUAGAGUUCUGUAAAAACACUUUUAUUGAGGAUAUAAUUUUGUUUACCUUGUAAUUCUUUUUUUAAUGGCCUAAUUAUUUUGUCAGAAUCAAUGAAAGAUGGUACAUUGUGUGCCUCUGGAACGACAUAUGUGUAGCUAAGUUUGUACAAUGUGUACCUCUGGAAUGACAUAUGUGUAACUAAGUUUGUACAUUGUGUACCUCUGGAAUGACAUAUGUGUAACUAAGUUUGUACAUUGUGUACCUCUGGAAUGACAUAUGUGUAACUAAGUUUGUACAAUGUGUACCUCUGGAAUGACAUGUGUAACUAAGUUUGUACAUUGUGUACCUCUGGAAUGACAUGUGUAACUAAGUUUGUACAUUGUGUACCUCUGGAAUGACAUAUGUGUAACUAAGUUUGUACAUUGUGUACCUCUGGAAUGACAUGUGUAACUAAGUUUGUACAUUGUGUACCUCUGGAAUGACAUAUGUGUAACUAAGUUUGUACAUUAUGUACCUCUGGAAUGAGGUAUGUGUAGCUAGAAAACAAAUGAUCUUUUAUUGUAAUGAAUCUUUUGAGAUGAACACAUUUCAGUGUGGUAUACAGUCAAUAAGUUCCUCUAAUAUUUAUGUUUAAUAUGAUAUUUAUCUUGGCUUUAUAUCCAUCUGUAUUGGCAUACAAAUUUGAAAAUAAAUUUGGCUGACAAAUGUUUGAAUAUAUGACCUUAAAAUGGUGUAUAUGUUAUCAACCAGAUUAUAGGAUUUUUGGAUUCACUUCUUAUAUCUAUGAUUUAAAACAAUACCUGAUUGAAAAGACAGUAUUAGACCAACACAAAUCAAUAAAUCAAUAAGUAAUAUAAAUAAGAAUUGAUCUCCGACAGUGAUUUAUUUGUGCAGAGAAUUUAUUGGUUUAGAAAUUUGACCGAAUCAAUCCAUUAAUAACCAGUAAGAAUGUGUUAUGUAAUCAGAACUAUAUUUAUAGGGUCAUCAAUGUUGGUAUUAUUUAUCCAUGACUUGUUAAAUCUCAGUAUUUAAAAUUUUGUACCUCAAUAAUUUAAGCCUGCUGUUUCUCAUUUAUUUAUAAUGAUUUUAGAUAAACUCCUUUUAUAACAGAAAAUAUCAAAAUUUCAUUGUCAGUUAAAUGAAAUAUUUGUUAUAUAUAAUUCUUUUCUGUGGUUUAACAAUUUUUAAAUUAGAACUUUCCAAAACUUAAAUAAUUUGACUUGACAACAGUCUUGUUGUACACAACAUUUUAAUCUCAGAUAUUUUAGGAAACGCAAGGUUUUAAUCAUUUAGCUUCAUAUGCUAACAGCUGUGGGCAAUUAGUGUAUUAAUGGCAUAAAUGUAGUAUAUGAUACAUGUGAAAAAAGGAGUUUAUAACAAUGUUUAGUUGUGUUCAAACAAUGAAUGUGAAUCACUAUAUAUAGAUAUAUAGACGAUGUUGUGUAGCACUUUAUGUUUGUGAUAAAUGAUGGUUGUGAUACAGAAUGUGUUCAGGUUGUAUAACAGCUGUAAUAACACAAUAAAACUCAUUUUAUCUUC